CGCACGGACCAUGGAGCCGGUGUCGCUGCAGGACUUUGCCUGCGCCCUGGACCCCGCCUCCCUCCCGCGUGUGCUGCGGGUGUGCUCGGGGGUCUACUUCCAGGGCUCCAUCUACGAGAUCUCUGGGAAUGAGUGCUGCCUCUCCACAGGGGACCUGAUGAAGGUCACCCACAUUCGCCUCCAGACGGCGGUCUGCGAGAACCCGGGGACAGGCCAGACCAUGGAGCUGGCCCCCAACUUCCAUGGCCACUUCCAUCCCCUCACCGGCCCCCAGAGCUAUGGAACCCUGGAGGAGCUGGUCUCUGCUGCAACCCAGUGCUCCAAGAAGCUGCCCAUUUGCUUCCUGUCGACCCACAGAAUCACCACAGAGACCAGGGUGGUGCCUGAGGACCAGCCCCUCAUGCUUGAGGCUGUGGAAAUGCACUUCCGGACUCGGUGUGCCCGCUGUGUGCUGGACACAGGGGCCCAUCAGGUCGUCCUGCACCUGCCCCUGUCCCAGAAGGGGCCCUUCUGGGAAUGGAAGCCUGGUACCCCUCGGACCCUGCUCCAGGUCCUGCACGACCCGGCCCUGAGGCACCUCCUCUUCACCUGCCCCACCCUCCCCUGGCGCUCCUUGAUCCUGAGGCCCAAGUACGAGCUCCAAGCCAUCAUGCACAUGCGUCGGACCAUUGUCAAGAUCCCCUCCACCUUGGAGGUCGACGUGGAGGAUGUCACCGCCUCCUCUCAACACAUCCACUUCAUCCAACCGCUGCUGCUGAGUGAGGUCCUGGCCCGAGAAGGCCCGUUCCCCCUGCUCACAGAGAUUCUGGAAGUUCCGGAGGGGCCCCCCAUCUUCCCCAGUCCAUGGAUGGGCUCCUUCCAGAAAGGCCAGAGGCUCUGCAUCUAUGGCCUGGCCUCGCCACUUUGGAGGGUCCUGGUCUCAACCAAGGGCCGGAAGGUGCCCAGGCACUUCAUGGUCUCUGGGGCCUACCAGGGCAAGCUGCGACGGCGGCCAAGAGAGUUCCCCACGGCCUAUGACCUCCUGGGUGCUCUCCAGCCAGGCCGGCCACUCAGGGUGGUGGCCACGAAGGACUAUGAGGGCGAGGGGGUGGAGAACUCUGGGUUCACUUCCCUGGCUGUGGGUGACAGGCUGGAGGUGUUGCGGUCUGGCCAGGCCCAUGGGGUUCAAGGCAGGGAUAUAGAUGUCUUGGUGUGUCAGCGGCUGAGUGACGAGACUAGGGAGGAGGAGGAAGAAGAGUUUGAAGAGGAGGCGGAGGACCAAGAGCAGAUUCUGCUGCCCCUCUACGUCUCCGGUGGCUUCGUGGAGGAGAUGAGCGACGGCCGGCGCUACAGCCUGGAGGACCUGACUGCCCAGUUCUCACUGCCCUGUGAAGUCAAGGUGGUGGCCAAGGACGCCAGCCACCCUGCUGACCCUCUGCCCUCCUUUCCGGGCCUGCGGCUGGAGGAGAAGAUCACGGAACCCUUCUUGGUGGUCAGCCUGGACUCCAAACCUGGGAUGUGCUUCGAGAUCCCUCCCCGGUGGCUGGACCUGACAGUUGUGGAGGCCGAGGGGCAGCCAGACCAGCCAGCUGGGUCUCUCCCUGUAGCCACAGUGGAGGAGGUGACGGAUGCCUUCUACUAUCGCCUUCGGAAGUUACCGGCCUUCGAGAGCCAAACCCCCCCGCCCCGGCCCCCGAAAGGUCAGGGCCUCAGCGGGCAGAAGAAGCAGAGCGGCAAGGAGAGAGGCGUUAAGUCAUCACAAGUCUUAGAGCUGCAGCAACCCCCUCUGCUGCCCAAAGCCAAGACGAUGACCUUACCAGAGGUUUCCAAGGGCAGGUCAAAUAUGUACAGCAAGAUUCCAGCCCACAAGAAGGGCCUGAGGCUCACUAAGCCCGACACAAAAGAUCGAGGUAAGGAUGACCACGAUUACGAAGAAGUGUCUGACCACUUUCAGAAGACCCUCUAGGUGCUGCGGGAAGCAUGCCUCCUGACCGCUGCUCCUCAUGGGGAGCUGAGACCCCAGCCAGGCGUCACAUGCCUCUGCAGGACCUGUGACAAGGCCUCCCAGAAAUCAAACUGGGGACAGGGAAUGGCUUUGUGGGGCCUGAAAUGGGAGGCACACGGCACCAGCUUCCCUCAGGUUCUACGUUCCUGCCACUGAGGCUGGCCAUUCUUCCGCCCCCUCCUGCACCAAGGCUCCACGCCCGAGAGACUAGAACUGUCUUCCUCAUCUCUUCAGCACCCGGCACAUGGCAGCUGUAGGCAACUACCCAAGGUUAUUUCACUCGAAAACCACCGAAUAAAAAUGACACCUGGAACUUCUGGAAAAAGUGAUUAACAGCUAUCACUUACUAAGUUCUGUCUGUGGGCCAGACCCUUGACACACCCUAUCUAAAUCCUCAACUCUCUGAGGUAGAGAAUGGCCUGACUUUGAAGAUCAGAAAACAAGCAUGAGUGCAAGUGCUCCAGGAGGCAGACUAGUCAUGAGCCUGGGUUGGGCUCACCACCCAUCAGCUGUGCCUGAGAGCCAGUUAUUCUAUCCUAAGCUUCAGUUUCUUCACAUGUAAAAUAAAACUAAUAGUCAUCUACCUCACAAGAUUGUCCUAAGGAUCAAAUGAGACUCUCUGUAAAGCAUUUAGCUUGACGCCUGGCACAGAAUGAACACUCAAGCAAAAUGUGUCAUUAUUGUUGACCAAGAUCACACAGCUGUGCCUCUCUCCAAAACCUAUUAUCUUUCCACAUGCCCACUGUCUCCUAGUCAUGGAAUUCACCCAGUGUUUGAAAUGUACGAUGUUCCUAGACUGUGGAGACAGGGUGCUGACCGGUUGGAGAGCCUCACCAUCCAGUGUAACGGAGAUACAGAGAACAAACAGAAGCCUGUGCCUACGCAGAGACGAACUCAGCUUCCAAGGUCAGUCUAGGCCUGUUCAGUGAGGUAAGACCACAGGCCUCAUUUCCAGCAAGUGGUGUGGUACGUUCCCAGGUUGAUGCAGUCACAGAACUGAGCCCCACGGUCAGCAGAGGACAGGAGAUAGACAAAAAGAUGAUCUGAGUCUCCAGCUGAGGAGGGAGCCAGAGGGCCAAAUUUCCAGCUCCUGGAUUCUAGGCACUGCACCUGAGUGUGUCCUUCCUUUGCCUGCUAACAUCCCUCUGGCUGUCUGGACCCACUGCACUUCCCAGACUUCCUGGUUUCCACACCCCGGCAUGGAGUCUCCAGGUGACUGCUGAGUGGCUACUACAGGCUGUGGGGCCAGUCCCCCAUAUCUAGCACCCCACGCUCAUCUUCCCACCAGUUCCCAGGCCUUCCUCCACAGAGACAAUCUAUGCUGCGUAGGAAGACCCUGAGCAAGAGAGUACUCUGGAACAAGCAAUAAGCAAGAUAGAGAGAAAGUUCCUCCUUGGCACAGAACCCCUAGGGGCCAGGCCCACAGGCAAAAUGCCAAUAGUUUUCGCUUCCACGUUUGCACUUAACCUUGGCACCAAAUUAAGCAAGAUCACAAAAGUGGGGCAGAGGAGAGGGCUACCACUUCCUACAAAAGGGGAUUUCAGAGUGGCCAAAUGCUGCAAUGAGGAGAAAGUAAUUUCACAGCACGAAAAGCUGGGCUUAAAAGGAAAACACAUUUAAAAACCACAACUGUGAAUGUUUUAUCAGAGCAGUGGGGGUUGGCAGGGAACACACCAAAGGGGGACAUUGCUCUCAGGGUGCUUUUGUCUAUACCUCUGGAAUAAGCCACUGGGAGAUGGAGGGUGUUGUAAUGGGGCUAGGGAUUCCUCCUGAGCAGUGGUCUCCAAAAUGAGCACACACUCCUGGGGGUACACAAGAUGAUCCACUGGGAAACAGAAAAGAAUUAUUAGUGUAUCCCUUCGUAUUUAUUUUUAAUAUCCUUUUUUUUUUUGGUGAGGGAGAUUGGCCCUGAGCUAACAUCUGUGCCAGUCUUCCUCUAUUUUGUACAUGGGAUGCCACCACCCUGUGGCUUGGUGAGCUGCGUGUAGGUCCGUGCCCAGGAUCUGAACCCGUGAACCAUGGGCCAAGGAAGCAGAGCAUGUGAACUUAACCACUACACCACCCGGCCGACCCCCUCAUUUCUUUUGUUUUU